AUGGCCAGGCUGGAGAAUGGUGGUAAACACAGUCACAUCCAGCUGGUACCAGUCACGAGUGGUGUUCCCCAGGGGUCAGUGCUGGGACUUGUCCCAGUCAGUAUCUUUAUUGAUGACCUGGAUGAGGGUAUUCAGUGGACCCUCAACAAAAUGUGUGAUCAGAUAAGUGAUGCUGUUCUAGAUGCUCAUCUCAGUAUUGAUCCAGAUGCCAAGGUUGCCUGUGAUAUGAACAGUGAGAGUAAGAGUUUAGCAUACAUAUUAGACUUGAUGAAGGCAUAUUUCAGUGUUGCAGGAAGUUGUGCUGGAAAGCUGGAAGACGAAUGUGUGGCAAAAACUGGAAUGAUUUUGCUUUGUGGUGAGAUCACAUCCCGGGCUAUAGUAGAUUACCAACAAAUAGUAAGAGAGACCCUUAAGAGGAUAGGGUAUGAUGACUCUUCUAAAGAAUUUCCUUCACUAGGAUUGGACCAUAAGACUUGCACAGUUCUAGUGGCCUUAGAACAACAGUGUAAAGAGAUCAAGCAUGCUGUCUCCCAUGGCAAGAGUGAUGAUGACAUUGGAGCAGGGGAUCAGGGUUUGAUGUUUGGUUAUGCCACUGAUGAAACUGAGGAAUGUAUGCCCUUAACAGUCCUCCUGGCACAUAAGCUUACUGCAAGGAUAAAGGAUCUGGAACGAAAUGGAACAUGGCCCUGGGUUAGACCAGAUGGGAAAACACAGGUCACUAUGGAAUACAAGGAGAGUGAUGGAGCAGUGGAACCCAUCCGAGUGCAUACAGUUGUGAUCUCAGUACAUCAUGCCCCAGAUGUACCUCUACAACACAUACAAAAGGAGCUAAUGGAAAAAGUUGUUAAAGAAGUCAUUCCAGAGAAGUAUCUUGAUGAAGACACGAUUUAUCAUCUUCUUCCAAGUGAGAAGUUUGUAGAAGGUGGUCCCAAGAGUGAUGCUGGUCUGACUGGCAGGAAGAUCAUUGUUGAUACAUAUGGAGGUUGGGGAGCCCAUGGUGGAGGAGCUUUCUCUGGAAAAGACCCUUCCAAAGUUGAUCGUUCUGCAGCAUAUGCAGCUCGAUGGGUUGCAAAAUCUCUGGUGAAAGCUGGUCUCUGCAAAAGAGUAUUAAUCCAGCUAUCAUACGCUAUUGGUCUGAGUCAUCCUCUUGCAAUCUCUGUGUUUCAUUACGGAACCUCAGACAGAUCUGAAGAAGAGCUGCUUGAGAUUGUACAGAAAAACUUUGAUCUACGUCUUGGGGCUAUCAUAAGUUCUUCUUCUAGGAAUAAGAAAGGUGCUAACAAAAUUCAAACCUUCAUGUGCAGAAGAAUUGAGUCUCAGGCUCCUUACAAAAAUCCUGUUCCUUUUCCAGUGGUGACCUUGUGUGAAUGA